AUGCUUUCGAAGGAGGAAGAUUAUAUAGACAACGAGUAUUACACUAUGAAUCGUCAUUUCUUUCGUCUAAUUGGGUUGUGGCAAGGUCAGACGUCGUCUAAGAACAUAAUUUAUAUUUAUUUCAUUAAUUUAAUACUAACAUUUGCAUCAAUCGGACAGAUACAACGUUUGUUCACGUCAGAAAGAAAUUUAAUGUCGAUCGCCAAAUUACUGGAAACGCUUUUGCCUACACUAUGUUUCAGUUGUUGCUAUUGCAAUCUAUUGUUGAAUGAUAGAGUUAUGAAGAAAAUUCUUUUCCGUAUCAAGUCCGAUUGGGAUGACCUAGCAGACAAACCAGAACUAAUGAUAGUGAAGAAAUAUGCUGAAAUUAGCAGAAUUUGUACAAUAAUAAUCGCAGUCUGCUUUUAUAUUUAUAUCGUAUUUUUGAUAUUUCCAUCAUUGUUGAGUGUGUUUCGGUAUGUUUCUGGUGAUAUAAGUGAAACGGAAUUAAUAUUACCAAUUCGUGCUGACUAUUUCUUGAAGAACCUAAUGGUUUAUUAUAUCGGACUUAUAAUCGAAUAUGUAAUUAUUAUAGUCACGUGCACGGUAGGAAUUGCUAACUAUUCCAUGUUUAUAGCAAUUGUACAACAUGCAUGUGCACUUUUCUCCAUUGUCCAAUGGAGGGUUAAACAUAAAUACGAAAAACUUCCACAUAAUUCUUAUUAUAUUAAUGUUGAAAGUGAAUUAACCGAAGAAAACGGAUGGAUAGUCCAUCUCAUAAAAUUCUAUAAAAGGGCGAUCGAGUUUGUCGAUUUAUUAAAAUCUUUUUACGAAUCUGUUCAAAUAAUUGCAGCAUUAUUGUCGUUUACAUUUGUCCUUGUUGAUUAUAUUUACUUAUUUGAGGUAUUUUCUUUUACCCAUAACCGAAUCGAAGGAAUUGCAAAGCUCCUGUACGUUGUUGGUUCUAUAUUUGUAAUAUACGUUUAUACUUACGUCGCUCAAAAUUUAAUGGAUCACAAUGCUAACGUAUUUUUAAUAUUUUGCCAAUUCCCGUUUUAUUCGUUAUCAUUGAGAAACCAAAAAUUGUUACUCUUCUUAACAAUGUAUAGCAUGAAACUGUGCGGUAUAUCCCUGAUGGGCGCAGUAUUUAUAUCGCAUGAACUGUUCGCAACGGUAAAAUAUUUUCUCUAUAAUUAUAUAGCUAAGACAUCAACUAAACAACUAACAGAUAUGAUAAAAUUGUUGAUGAUAAUGUAUUGCGAUCAUACGAAUAGAGUAGAGUUAUUUAAGAAUGGCUUCAGUGUAUAUUUUUUAAUGACUAUAUAUUUUUCAAUGACUGAAUAUGUUUGA